GAAAUUGAGGCGUUAUCACUUCCGCAACAACUGGCAGAGCAACAACAUGGAGGAGACGGUAGAAGUUCGGCAGGAAAACGGGUUUACCGGAGAAAGCGGUGCCGCUAGACUACAAGAGCGACUCCAGAAGCGGCACCAGGCGAGAAUAGAAGAUGCUGAGCGGAGGAAGGAAGCUAAGGAGAGCCAGUCUGUGUCCGAGGAGAAGGUCCAGUAUUUCUCCAGCACCUUCAACAGGGAGCGGGCUGACAUAGAGGAGCUGCUGGCCUCCUGCUCCGGAGCUGACCGGCCUCUAGUCACCCAGAAACUGGAUGAGGCCACAGCUAAAACCGCCCAGCUGCAGAAGUUUCUGAACGACAGUUUGAUGUUUUUAACACAAUAUGAACUCAGACAAGCCCAAGCUGCUCUCCAGAAGCUCCAGACCUCCCUCACUGAGACCAGAGAAGAAGCUCUGCCCAAGAAGAAAUUCGCCUUCCGAGCUCGCACUAAAGCAGCAGAAAAAGUCUCUGCUGCUGGAACACCUCCACCUGACGCUGCUGGAACACCUCCACCUGCAGAUCCAGAUGUGACCGUAGUGGAUGGAACCUCUGAGCAGUGUGGCUUCUCCAACGUUAAAGAUGAGCUUCUCACUAAAACAGCGGAGGAGAUCCAGAAACAGGACGUGCUUCUGACCCACCUGUCUAACUGUAAGGUCCGUCUGAUGGGCUCACCCAGCACGCUGCACCUGAAGAACAUCGACGGCUGUGAGAUCCUGUGUGGUCCAGUGUCCAGCUCCGUGUUCAUCGAUCAGUGCAGGAACAGCACGCUGGCCUUCCCCUGCCAGCAGCUGAGGACCCACAACACCAUCGACACCCAGGUGUACCUCCACGUCACCAGCCGGGCCAUCAUAGAGGACUGUCGGGGGCUGAGCUUUGCCCCAUUCUCCUGGUCCUACCCCACCCUGGAGGAGGACUUUGCUGUGUCUGGUUUAGACCGGCAGCAGAACAACUGGAGGGAGGUGGACGACUUCAACUGGCUGGCUGCAGGAACUCCUUCCCCGAACUGGACUGUCCUACCAGAAGCAGACAGAAAAUCAAGCUGGGACUCCUAGAAAUGAACGUUUUAAGCCCAUAUCUGCCAAAUUUAUAUGUCAAUCAAAGCAUGACAUAAACUAAUAAAAGCAUGUGUUCACAGA